CAAAAGAGGGUUUUAGCCUUUUUGCUCCAACAUUUUCCUCUGCACUCAACACAAAGCCUGUGAAUUUGCUCCAACCUUUGCAUGUGAGUUUUAAAAGAUAUAGGUCAAUAGGCAACAAAGAUGCCUAUAUAUUAACACUCCUGCCCCCACCCAUUUUCAUUCAGAAGCUCUCAUCAUCAGCCUUAUCAUUUCCCCAUAUCUACCUAAAUUCCCAAGAGAUGAAGCUCCUCUCAGGCUUUGUCAUUGCCAUCCUCCUCCUACAGGCUCUUGCAGAGGCUUCAUCCAUUAACAAGGCUGCAAAUGCUCUUGCUACUGUUGAUGAAGGAAGCAAUGUAAUAGCUCCUGACAGCAAACAUCAUCUUCCUAAGAAAAUCAAUUGCAGCUCUGCAUGCUCGAGGAGAUGCAAGGAGGCAUCAAGAAAGAAGAGGUGCACUCGGGCAUGCAAGAGUUGUUGCAUGAGAUGCCACUGUGUUCCACCUGGCACCUACGGCCACAAGAAUGCAUGCCCAUGUUAUGCACGCCUCAAAACCCAUGGGAACAAGCUCAAGUGCCCCUGAACAGAUUGAAAGAGAUCAUAUGCAUGGACAUUCAGAAUUGAUUUGAAUAAAAUCCCAGAGCUAUAUAUAUAUAUGCUUUGAGUACACAUUAAUUCUGUAUUGUUUCGAUGACAGUAUUGUACGUUUCCUUCUUUAUGUUGCAUGCUAAUAUUAAUGCAUGAUUGAAAUUGUUUGGUUUA